AGAAGGGGAUUAUUUCAACAUAUCUGGGCAAAUAUCAGCUUGAUAAGAGAACUGAUAAGAGAAUGAAGGUGGAUUUUGAGCCAGUUUUACACACCUGUUUACACCACGAACUAAACGAAUAGUACGAAUUCUUUAAAUACAUCAAAUUAAUUAAUUUUAAUUAUUAUUAAUUUCGAAAUUAUUUGGUUGAAGUGAAAAAUUAAGUGGAAAAAUGACGAAUAUCGCAACUGUUGGUUCUAUUAUCAUUAAAGUUUUAAAGCUGGUGCUAAAUUUGAUCAUUUUGGUUCUUUAUCGAACUGGUUAUGGCGGGCAAUUUUUGGGGGUUGGAGGCACAUGGAAUUUGAAUGAGGAAAAAAACCCCGAUACUGAAAUCGUAGCUUCAGGAGUUUUUGUUGGUUUCUUUAUUUAUACAGCCGUUUCAUUGUUUAGUUAUUGCUUUGCAACGGGUGACCACAAACACACUUUCGUUGAUAUCGUUAUGAAUAUCGUGGGGAUUUUCAUGUGGCUCGCGGUGGGGAGUGCUGCUUUACAUUAUUGGCAUGGUUAUAUGGCCGAACAUAGGUUCUUGUAUGUUUCGACAGAACGACAAGUUGGGUUAGCUUUGGGUUCUCUCUGCAUAAUCAUGGGGGCGAUUUAUAUCUUAGACAGUGUUUUAUCAUCGAUUCAUUAUUUCAAAACCAAAAUGAUGAGCGAUUAAAAUUAAGAUAUAGUGCUGCUCACAAAACAGCUAAUUACUUAUAUUUUAAAUUAAUAUUAAAACUUAAUUAGGUGUGUAUAGAAGU